UUUGUUUUGUCUGUCCACUGGUAUGGGAAAUGUUGAAUGGAAUUGUUAAUAUCAUCCAAGGUCAUAUACUUCUUUGAUAUUAGUAAUGUAAGACAAUAUGCUAUUUCAACAGGCACAAUGCGGGCAGGUACAGCCGUAAUUCCGACGCCUCAUUGUUCCGACGGCUCAAUGGUCCGAAAAAUUUCCCAUUAGAUCGACAUGCCACUAUGCCGACGGUUCAAUGUUCCGAAAACGGAACCCAUUGGUCCGAAGGUCCGUUUGUCCGACUUUUCAAAAAGGAGGCGCAUUAGGCCGACGGUUCAAUAUGCCGAAUAGGCCAAGGCACAAUUCCACAUGUGUGAUUAUGAAACCAAAAAUAAAAGACGAUAGGCUAAGUUCCAUCAGUGCACUUCACCAAGCCAGACUUCUGCUGUGGGCUUGAACGUUCACAAGAGGUGAAUUUAUGAAGCGCACGUUAUACAAGGACUAAUACUUUUCCCGUAAAGAAGUCAAACGGUGAGUGAAAAACAUUUUUUUUUUUAUCUUUAGUAGCUGUGUGUGGGCCUAUAUGUGUUGUUUACUGUGAUUACAGUGGGCUUUUAGCCUAAAUAAUUUCGCUGGUAUUAAUUUAGUCAAACUUAUAUCUCAUACCGUGUACUAACCGUAACCGUAACCGUUACGGUUUCGAUCUAUCCGGUUUCGAAGUAUCUCCGUAAAGACUAAGCCAAGCGAAACCGGAUAGAUCUGUAGAAACGCUGUAGUACACAUUCCAGGCCCAUAAGGGGCGCUGCUUCUGGUACAGAAAUCCAGAAGAAAUAAAAUAAGAAGAAGAGGCGAGCAUGCGCAUAAAGGCUGCCCCCGAACCACUAACAACACAAACAAACAGCUCUUCUACUAUGUCGAACGCGAAGAAAGUAGAGAUAUUUGUCUGGUCUGACCAUGAGUGCGAGAUGCUGUUGCGGCUCACAUUAGAGUAUAAAGUAACUAAAUUGCAACAGAAUGUCGACUGGGAGUCCUGCCAGUCCAAAUAUACGGACUUGUUGAAGGCAAUGCAGGACCAGUAUCCCAAGGAGGCAGCUGAAGACUUCCCCCACGAUGCAAUGGCGAUUACAAAAACGCAGCUCACGAGCAAGCUCAAGAACAUCCGUUCUAAAUACCGAGGGGCAGUGGACACAGGGCGUCGAAGUGGCCAAGGGCGUGUGGUGAUGCUUUUUUAUGAGCUUUGCCAAGAGAUCUGGGGUGGCUCGCCCGCUACGCGCUGCAUCGAGGGAGCCAUGGAGACGGAUGACCUUUUGGAGUCGCCGGGGUGCUCGACCCCAACAAUGGAGUCGCCAUCGCCACAUUCGGAGGAAUCCAGUGACUGUCUUCCUCCUGCCGUUGUGAAACAGCGCCGACAUUUGCUCCAGGCAAAGCUCGACAGCCACAGAAAGGACCGGCUGAAGAGGAAAGCUCGGCCUGACCCGGUGGCGGAAGCUGAGGAGGACCGCCAAAUGAAGAGGAGGAUGAUGGAGCUGGCUGAGGAGUCUGCAAGAAGCUACGCCGAGAGCACAUUGCAAUUAAACACCAACAUUGCCAACAUCUGCAGCACUAUCCAGGACGGCUUUACCUUGAUGAAGGAAAUUAUGUACCGACCGCCACAACAGACGCAAUAUGUACCCCCCCCAUAGCGGACAAUACAAUAGCUACCACUCAACAUACAUGGAAACCACACCACGCCACAACCAACACAACGGCACACCAAUGAGUCAGUUUGCUCACACGCCAUCGCAAACCCGCACCCCAGGGAAUAUACAUGAUUCAUACAGACGAGCAUUGCUGGAGCUUGACGAUGUGGAGUGAGCACUGUUUACUUUUACUUAUGUUUGCAGUUUAAUACUUUUACUUAUGUUUGCACUAUUUACUACUUUUACUAGUUCUGUUAUAUUUUGUCUUAUGCGUGUCAUUUUUACAUUUGAACUUUUCUACUUUUGCACAUAGGCCUUUGACUGUUAUUUAUUUUGCACUUCAAUAAAAACAAGAUUUGAAAUUUGCCAUCCUGUUUAUUUUCAACAACACUUUUCAAUGACAGAGUAAUCAUAACUAUCUAAACAUUCAACACAGUAGCCACUUGGGUUUAAGGGUCCAGGUACUUUGUGAGCACUCUUCUCACUCGCUUUCCCUCACCCUCAUUACAUUCUGUGUAGUUGCAUUGCGUAGGAGGCUGCCAUUCAUUGUCACUGUGUAUUGUUCCCAUCACAGUGCGCUCAGCCACAGUCUCCUUGCUGUCCUCACAAAAGCUAUGCAGAACAAAACAAGCGUAAAUAACAUGGGGCAGGUCUUGCAAAUUGAUGUCCAUAGGCCUUCUCAGUGCAGCGAAUCUGGCCUUAAGGCGACCAAAAGCACACUCGAUGACCAUGCGAGCCCUACACAAACCAGUGGAGCCACCACUGGAGUAUUCCUUCAUCAAAUAAGGCAGCAGGGGGUAGGCUGGGUCCCCAAGAAGGAAAAUUGGUAUGGCCGCUUCGUCGUCCACAAUCUGCUUUUUCAGAGCAGGGAUCUUGCCAGUUUUGAAAUACGAGCUAAGCUUGGAAUUAGCAAAAACUCGUGCAUCAUGUACACUCCCAGGCCACUUUAAUGAUACAUCCAUGAAUCUGAACUUGAAGUCACAGACAGCCUGCACAUUAAGGGAAUGUUUGCCUUUCCUGUUGAUGUAGUCCAUGGAGUUUCUGGAUGGCUGUUUGAUUUCAAUGUGGGUGCCGUCCACCGCUCCCAGACACUGUGGCAUGCCAUGAGCACGAUGGAAGCCCAAAACCAGAUCCUCUGCCUCGGGCUCCGUAAAAGGCAUCUUGAUAUAUUUUGGACCCAGAUGGAUGGAGAUGGCUUUGCAUGUCUCUCUGAUCACGGUGGAAACGGUCGGUCGUGACAAGCCGAAGGCGUUGGCAGUUUUCCGUAGCCGUCCUUCGUCGCUCAGAUAAUAGAGCGUUACCGCAACCUUUUUGACGGUAUCAACCGGUGCCCUCAUGGUUGUGGAUUGUCCAUCGAUGUAUGGACAGAGUUCUUCGCUCAGUGUGACGAGGGAAGCUCUGGACAUGCGGAAGUUCUCCCUCCAUUCAUCAGCCACGACAACUCCAUUUACGAAGUUGUCCCACCAACUGCUGGUUCUGCCGGGUCUCACCCAAAAUCUGCUCCUGGUAGAGCUUCGCGGUUGAUGUAAAUCGUGUAUUAGUCGGUCCGUCAUCCUUCUUCUCUCAUUUUGGUCGCGGAUUCUCAAUAAAUAAUGGCUUAGCAACCCAACAAGGGACAUGAUAUGCUGCAGAACGAUUAAAAGCUUGUAGUCCGCCAUCAUCUUUUUUGUUGUGAUUUCUGAGACUCCGCGGGCUUAAGAGCCAUUGGCUAGGAGGUCGAGGGGUGGGGCGAUGACGUCAUGGUUUGCGGUUUCAGUCGGUUUCAGGCGUACACACGAAUCCAAAACGAAACCGGGUAGAUUUGAAACCACCUCCGAGGGUGGUUUCAGAAGUUUGCGGUUUCGGUCAGCGGAUUUGCCGGCUUUGUGUGUACGGAAGGCCGAACCGUACAAGACCUUUGCGGUUUCGCCAUGAAAUCGGCUUCGUGUGAACGGGGCCUUAGUCAAGUGUGUGAGUGUGUGUGUGUGUUCGUGCCCGUGUUGAGAAUUAGACCUACGCUCUCUGUCCAUGGGGCUGAAACACCCUGUCGAAAUGAAUGUGUUGUCACUUUGCUCUCCAAUAUUCAUCGUGAACGUGAUAUGUAGGCCUAUGUUGUAUUUGGGAGAGAGAGCGAGAGCGCUAGCGAGGUAUAAAACUCUUUAUAUGUAGGCCUAUUCGGCAUAUUGAACCGUCGGCCUAAUGCGCCUCCUUUUUGAAAAGUCGGACAAACGGACCUUCGGACCAAUGGGUUCCGUUUUCGGAACAUUGAACCGUCGGCAUAGUGGCAUGUCGAUCUAAUGGGAAAUAUUUUGGACCAUUGAGCCGUCGGAACAAUGAGGCGUCGGAAUUACGGCUGUACCUGCCCGCAUUGUGCCUGUUGAAA